AUGGGCGUUAUAAAACGGUCCCAGGUUUACAUCGGUCCCAUUGCCGUCCUUGGCCGCAAACUCCAGAGAAUUGCCCGUGCUCUUCACGGUGCUAAGAUCCAACGUCGGGGAUUGGCUCAGGCUCUGAUUGCCAUAUUCGCCAGAAAGAAUGGCCGGCCCGCUCGGGUCGUCGUUGGCCGCGAUCGUGCGCAACUUCAUCGGCAACCGAACCGUCACCUUGUCGCCGACGGACCACUCACGCGUGAUGGCCGCAUAACCACCCGGCGUCGUCCGCACGUCGCUGCUGACCUUUUGACCGUUAACGCUGACCUCGGCGCUGCCGGAAACCCAGCUGGGGAUCCGCACAGACAAGGUCCAGCUGCCACCGCCGGCACCCGACACGGUCAAGGUCGUGGUGUCGCCGAGGGGGAACUCGGUCUCCUGCGUCACGACCACGCCGUUCUUAUCAUCCCACUGCACGGCCGAGGGGAUGAACAGGUUCACGUACAGGGCGCUGUUGUCGCGGCUCCGGAAGUAGAUGCUGUCCAUCAGCUUGGUGUUGGUCUCGAUUCCCGUCCCCUGGCAGCACCAGAAGCUUUCGUAAUCCGUGCUCCACGUGCCGCCUCCCCAGGCCGGGCCGACUCCCCUUCGGCCGCCCGGGUUCAGCGGUGUAAAGUAGGUGACGUGGCCGUGCCCAUCGUGCGGGUCCUGCUGGCCCAGCAGGUGGUUGAGCAGUGCACGCUCGUAAAAGUCAAACUUGGCCGUGUCGUUCAUGCUCGGCGCGGCGUCGUGCAUAAACAACUCCCGCGUCAGCUUAAGCAUGUUGUACGUGUUGCAGGCCUCGGCCGUGUCCUUGACCAGGUAUCCGGCGAUGGCGUUGGGCGCGCGAAAGUGCUCCGACUGGCUGUUGCCGCCGAUGGCGUACGUGUGGGCCUCGACGGUAAUGUCCCAGGCGUUGCGCGCAAUGUCCAGGUACCGCUGCUCCUUGGUGGCCUUGUACUCGCGCGCGGCGCCGAUCCACUUGGGAACCUGGGUGUUGGCGUGCAGGCCGUCGAGCGAGUCCUUGUCCUGAGCGAGCGGGUCCAGCACGGCGGCGUGGUCGAACCUCCGCGCCGCCGUCAGCCAGCGCUGUUGGCCGGUCUGGUGGAAGAUGUCGGCGAGGACCUCGCUCAUGCCGCCAAACUCGGUGCCCAUCAUGCUCUGCAUCUGCGCGUACGUCAGGUUCCCCGUCCGCGCGUCGACCCAGCCCGCCAUGUUGAGCAGGACGUCCUUGGCCUUGGUGCUGCCCACGUUCCGCCACACGUCGAGCAGCCCGGCCAUGGUCUUGUGGAUGGCGUAGUAUGGCACGUUGCCGUUGGUGAGGGUGCCCUGCUCCACGGCUGUGAUGUCGGACUCUGGGAAGCCCGAGAGGUAACCGGUCUUGAAACCAGCUGCGGCGUUGUUGUCCUGGCACUUGGCCAGCUCCUCGACGAACUUCUCGGCCCGGCUGCGGCAUUCGUCAUCCUUGAGGACGGCCCAGCAGUUGGCCCAGGCCGUGAGGAAAUGACCUUGGACAUGGCUGCGGAAGGGGAAGGUGGGUGCAUCCCAGCCGCCAUUGGCUUGGGCGCCAUUGGUGGACAAGUUGUGGUUUGCGCGGAAGUUGUAAAGCAGACGGUCGAGGUCGACAAACUUGAUAUAAGUCAGGGUGCGGUCCUGGUUGUCUCGGAAACGGCCCUGGUUGAGCGUCACCUGGGACAGGUCAAAGGCCAAGGUGGAGUCGCCAGUGUCGUUGAAGACGGGCUGCACAGGCGACUGGGCAACGACAUAGGUGGCUGUGCUUGCCAGCCAGACGAUGUAACUGAAGUCAUGAUCCCUGCGUCACGAGCUUGCAAUGUCGCAGGACGCAACAAGGCAAACCCAGAUCGUCGUCAGGACCAGGUUCGUCCCCGCCACGAACGUAUCCGCAACUUCCUUCCCCAAGUCGGUCCCCAACGCCCUGAACCCCUCAACCACCCCCAUUCGGUCCUCGAGUCCCAUCUCCUGACUCAUCUUGACCUUGCCCUCCAACCUAUCCAGCACGACCUCCACCCCGACGAUGUUCUUCUUCAUCACGUCAAUGUACCUCUCGGGCGCAUCCCCUACCCGCCACUGCUUCCCAUCCUCGUAGCCCAUCAGGUGGCCCUCACAGUGGCCCGUCAACGCCUCGACCUGCGCCUGCAGGAAGUCGCCGGUCCGCGCGUCGGCGUGGUCGUAAAACACGCGCACCCUGCCGUAGCCCCUGACGGCGCUGUAGUUCCAAGUCGGCACCACUUUGCCCGUCGCCGGCUUGGUGGCCGUGUAGAAGCUCGCCGUGACGUAGUGGCCGGGAGGUCCGUUGAAGAGCACCGUGGCCUCGGAUUCGACCACGCCGCCCGAUGCACCGGCCGCUGUCGAGAGCGUCUUGGCUUGCGGGUUGGAUCGCGCCAUAUGACCGCGCAGCACACCGAGCUCCGUCUCAGACGUCUCCUGCAGAACCCAUGGGAUGUGCGUGAGCUGGAUGCCCGAGUCGGGGAGGGCCGUGAUUAA